ACGCUGACAGCUCGGUUGGAAGCUUACAGGCCCUCAGAUUCUCCAGUUCUCUGCAUCCAGCAUCCAACAAGUUGCUCCCUUUAGGAAAACUACUUCACUGCGCGCUGUUGCGCUUCAGUCCUUUUCGUGCGUCUGGUUCUUUUUAACCAUCUUAAAGCGCGUUUUAUUCUUUUUUCAAGACCUUCAAACACUUCAUCUCAAACGGAUCACCAUUUUUAUUUGAUGGAAUCGAACUAUUUGAGAAUUAAACUCGUCGUGUCGUUGUGCGUAAAAGUGUGGCGCACGCCAAUAUGAACAUAUGUUUCUGGGACAAAAGAGGGGGAAAAAAAUACACACCGAAGAUGUCAAGAUUGCUUUGCCACCCACUCGAAAUCGAUUGUAUUACCUUCAAGAAGGUGGCACUUGGUAUAAAUAGCUACGCAAUUUUUCAAGAAAGACGGCGUUGAGCACAUUCUGCAGGGUGCUCUUUCUCUCUCUUAUCGGAACCGCAGACUACGCCUGGAAGAUUUUGCUUAAGACAACUGUGUCCACUCUCCAGGACAUAAGGAUCUCUUCAUCCGACAGUCAAGCCAUGCAUGGGGAGAGGAAAUGGCACAUACUGUUGACCAUCUCCUUUCUGCUCAUCACCUCGGGUCAGUGUAUGGACAGCAAAGAGGCCAAGCAGAAUGAGAGAAGGACCCUAUUGGAUCUAAUUUUACAGGUUAUUAAGGACAGCCAGCAGCGGGACAAGCCCAUGUCAAGGCGUUGUGGUGGUGGACUCCACACCUCAGCACAAGACUUGAAGUCCUCCUCCCGGGAAAAGCCUUUGUAUGUCCCUAGGCUGGAUAACAGUAGACUCAUAGAUAUUGUUCCAAGAGAUGCACACCUGAAGGACAAAUUCAUUCAGCAUUUUGGAGCAGGACAUGUCAAGUUCUCGUCAGAGUGUAAAACACACUUCCACAGACUUUACCACACCACAAGGGAUUGCUCCAGACCAGCAUAUUACAAAAGGUGUGCAAGAUUGCUAACAAGAUUAGCAAUGAGUCCACUCUGCAUGCAGUCAUAGGUUUUGUAUGUCCCCAUAUAACGGAAGAGGGAUCAAUGUGUCGCCAAGGAAGUGCCUUCAAAUCCACAGCAGACAUGAGAGCAGUUUUUUGUGUGUGUGUGUUUAUAGUGUCUAUAUUUUUGUUGUUCUCUGUGUCAUAACCUAAAAUGAAAAUAGACAUUUUUUUUUAUGAAAUGCACCAUGUAUUUGUAAGCAGAUAAUUUAAUAUCUAAUGCAUCUAUUUAUUGAAAAGAUAUAUAUGUACUGUGAUGAUUUAACAGUCAUUAAAAUAUGAUUAUUUUGGUUAUAAGAGUUGUGAGUGAUGGAGAGAAAACGUAUUUCCUUUAUUUUCUAUAUAAAUUCUACUUUUGCUAUUUUGAUGACAUUAUAAUCCAUCCGUCUUCAUCACAUUUUAUUUGGCACUUGAGUGAUUGUUGACAAU